ACGUUUUGUUCUCCCAAAAAGAAGAAAAAUAGAUUCACCUGGCCAAUCUCAUCCACAUUCAUCUUCCUUGAGUCUCCCUGAAACCCUAACUCCAUGCAAGAAACAGCUAAGUAACCAUGGUGAGGAGCAAGAUUGCCAUACCACAGAAGUUCAAUCGCACAAGUGUCUCAAAAACUCAGCCCUCCUGGUUCAAAAAAUACUGUCAGACAUGCAAGAAACUUCAAGAAACAGGGAAGGAGAAGGAAACAACAGAGAAUCAAGGGACUACAGCAAAUAUCACCCACAUGCAGCAGCAAGAAGAUGAUGUAGCACACUCCCCAGCCUCAGAUCUACCACAUGUGCUUUAUAUUGAAUACCACAAAUCUAAGGAGGAGGUUGAGACCACUAAAGUGCCGAAGCCAGAUCCAGCACCAACCACAAAUGUGCCAACCAAGUCUCCACCAGAUGCUCCAGUGCAAAAAGACGAAGAGUUCAUCCAAAUCCUGGAUGAAGAACCUCUUGUUGCAGUCUUAGAAGUCCCAUUCCAAAAGGAACCUGUAGUGAAGAAGAGCAAGAAGAAAGUGAAUGCCAGUACAAUCCCUCAACGCAUAUCCAAGCAGAAAUUGAAGCUGGAGGAAGACUCAAAUUCAGAAGAACCACCCCAGAAGAAGCAACCACCAUCCUCCUCACCUAUGGGCUCUACAGUAGAGGUCACUCCAGUGGUGAAAUCAAGAAAGUCUCCCCACUCUCGCUUUGUUUCUCCAAAAGCUAAAUCUCUUUUCUGUAAUGUGAACAAGAAAUACAUUAUUGUUCAACGAAGAAUUGAUGUGGAAGAUUUUCAACUUAAGACCAACCUGAUUCCCCUUCUUGAACAAUCUAAGUUGCUAAAAUCUGUUACUCUACAAGGAUCAUUUGUUAAAUUAGUUAUCUGUGAGCUUUACUGCAAUCUGUCUGAGUCAUGUGUUGAUCCUACUGACCCCAUGUUCCACAAAGUGUUUUUGAGUGGCAAAACCUAUAAACUUUCCACUGCUCUUAUCAAUACACUGUUAAAUCUCACUCCCUGCAAAAAGAACACCCAACUCUCAGAAAAGAUUAUGUGGCUAGAUCUCACAAAUGGUCUAAGAGCCUCUCAGUGUAGCAAAGCAAAAGUUUCCUCUUCCAUUCUCAAAAGUUCUUAUGCUGUCUUACUGAGGGUUGCAGCCCUUCAUUGGCUCCCCACCACACACACCAACAUUGUCUCCAAGAUCAUGGCCAGACUCCUAUACAAAAUCGAGCACAACAUUCCCUUUGACCUGGGCAAAUUAAUUUUUGAUCAGAUUAUGCUCUUUGCAGUUGAGAAAUACAAAGUCAACUCCAUUGGGCUGCCUUAUCCAACACUCCUAUACAGUCUACUGCUUUCUCAGAGCUUCACCAAAGAGGAAGAGGAGGAGGAAGAACCAGAAGAGCCACCUCUUCAAGUGGACAGCAGGCACAUGGAGGGAAAACAUCACAAUGACAUGGAGGUUGCUGGUCCAACAACUGCAAAGGUCAAAAAGGCACCCUCCUUGGUGAGAUUCUUGGAGCAGAAUCUAAUGCAGGUCAAAGAGGAGUUAACCAGGUGCUCACAGCUGAAAGAGAAACUAGAAAUUGAAAAGGGUCACUUGGUGGUCUUGUUGCAACAGGCUAGAGAAGCAUCUCCAGAUGUGGAGCACACAGACGGAGGAGGAGGAAACUGGGAGCACCCAUUCUGAUGAAGAGGAGGAUCAAUCUGAGGGGGAGAGUGAGGAAGGGGACUCAACUUGAUGCAGUUUUGUAAUCACAAACUCAGUUUUUCAGGUUGUUUUGUGUUGAGGUUGUUUUUUCCUCUAGAUUUUCAGGAGUAUGUUUUUGCUCCAUUAUGACUUGCUUUUGGAUUCUAAUAUUUUGGUUGGGAUUUGCUGCUGCUAGAUAUGUUAUA